CAUCUUCUCCAGUCAACAAAACAACACGCAAAGCAACAAGUGAUCUGUUCCUCAGUUUUUCAUUUUCAUCUCACCACGUGUUUUCUUUAUUUUUUGAUUCAGCCCCAGAACGUGUUUCUUUUUUGUGUUUACUUUAGGUUUUGAUUCAGCCCCAGAAGCCGUAAGCAUUCAUACUUCCCUUUAACAGCCGAAUAAACAAACUUCCAAAGGUCAAACAUACAGAGAAUCCACCCAAGUUUUUUUUUUUUUAAAUUCUUUUUAAGUGUAUCCAAAGGUGAAGGUGAGAGAAGACAGAGACGAAGAUCAUCAACGUGAUGUUGCAGUUGAUCAUGAGAUGUUUCAGUCUCUCUUCAUACGUGUUUCUUCUUCUUCUUCUUCUCCAGUGAAAGAGCGUCAAGAUGUUUUCCCACCGUCUGUUCCAAGAAUUCAAAAGACACAUGCGCUUAAUGCAGUCACUGUCACACCCACUGUUUCUACCAGCAAAGGAACAGAGAAGAAUGAUAGGAAGAUUGACGAGAAGGAUAGAUCAAAUAUAAGACCCAGUUCUUCCACUUCAGUUCUGCGUCCACGUGCUGUGUUAUCAAGUCCUGAUAAUGAUGCGAUGAUAGGAAAUAAGAACAAGAUUGGAGCAAAUCAAUCAAGAGUUCUGAGGAAUCAUAAUUUUAAUCAACAUAGACAUGUGAAUGCGCAAUGUAAAGUUAAUCCAAGCACCAAAAGUCAAAAGCACACAAAAUUGUCUAAUGAUGCUGCUGAUAAUAAGAGUGAUCUUAAAGGAAAGAAGGGUUCAGUGACGACGGCAGUUGCAACUCAGAGAAGAAGCCUUAGAUCUGGAAAAUCUAGCUCUGUGAAAACUUGAGUGUGAUGUUUUUAUAUGUUAUUGGAUCAGUUUUCAGACUUGAGAGGAUCGCCUUGGAGUGUUUUUUCAUUUUCUUUUUCCACUUCUGGAAAAAGUAACUGUCCAUAUAAACCACACUUUUAAGAUUAUACAAUGCUUAUGUUUCUCGAUGA